CAAUUCUCUGAUUUUGCAUAAUGAUGAAAAGAAGCAGAGACUGCCUUUUAAAGAAUCUUCAUAACUUUCUCCAGCUUCGACCAAUGUUAUUUUGCCACGCGUCUCACCAGCUUCGACCAGUCUUUGUCCUCCACGUAACCUUCUCAUUGGAUGCUCAUUUCCUAUAUCAUUACCCGAUCAAUUCUUCUCCCGAAUACAUUGUCUCCCGAAGUAUGGAUAAGAAGUAUGUAGAUCAUCCAAUACUUCCUUUGUUUUGGUGCAACAAUAAAGAAUUCGAUAUUGAUGGUGGGUGCGACAUAUGCUAUUCAUCAAAUUUUGGCACUGACUAUUAUUUAUGUGCCAAAUGUGAUAAAAUUUUCCACAAAGAAUGCGUCCAAUCUCCAAAUAAAAUCAAACAUCCUUACCAUCCUAAACAUUCUCUCCAACUUUCCAUUUGUUUAGAUUCUGAUCCCGAUAAUAUUUACUGUUUAAGUUGUGGAAGAGAAUCAGUAUAUCUCGUAUAUUACUGUACCAAAUGUGAAGCUAAAAUGCAUACAAUAUGUGCGAUGAAGCCGAUACCCUUCUUGGUAGAACAACCAAAAAUCCAUGACCAUCCCCUCACUCUUUUUCCUAGGCAAUCUUCAUUAAAUUGCAACGUUUGUGGUUUAUUAAGAAAGAAUUGUCUCACCUACGUUUGCCUCGGAUGUGACUUUGUUGCUCACGACGAUUGUAUGCACUCACCACACAUCGUCAAGAUAUCACGGCACCAUAAUCGUAUCUCCUAUACUCCUUCUCUCCGGUCCCAAGAAUGGUCUUGUGGAGUUUGUCGUAAAAGUAUUGACUGUGAUUAUGGUGCAUAUACUUGUCAUAAGUGUAAUGCUUAUGUUGUCCAUUCAAGAUGUGCUCUAGGGAAACAUGUUUUGGAUGGAAGAUAUCUUGAAGGUGUUCCAGAAAAAGAAAAUACAACAAAAGAUGUUGAGUCUUUUGAGAGGACAUCUAAAGGAGUGAUACUUCAUUUUCUUCAUAACCAUCAUCUCCAACUUGAUGUUAGUAAUGGGCGAGAUUAUGAGGCCCUUAGCCCACUUACAUAUAGUUAACAUUGUAUAUGAGCAAUUAGGUCUAAUGUCUCUUGUAUAUAAAGGCAUUGCCUUCAAUCGUAAUCAAUAAGAAUC